AUGGCUAAAAGCUUACGGAGUAAGUGGAAAAGGAAGAUGCGUGCUGAAAAGAGAAAAAAGAAUGCCCCAAAGGAGCUUAGCAGACUUAAAAGUAUUCUUAAAGUAGAUACUGAUGUUUUAAUGAAAGAUGUUCAUGAGAUCGCAACUGUGGUGGUCCCCAAACAUUCUGAAGAGAAAACCCAGUGUGUAGUGAAAGAUGACAAAGAUGACAUGAAAAUGGAGACUGACAUUAAGAGAAACAAAAAGAGUCUUCUAGACCAGCAUGGACAGUACCCCAUAUGGAUGAACCAGAGGCAAAGAAAAAGGCUGAAGGCAAAGCGAGAAAAAGAAAAGGGGAAAAGCAAAGCAAAAGCAGUGAAGGCGGCUAAGGGUUUGGCCUGGUAGACUUUUAAAAACUUGAAAAGUGCCACAUGG